CGAUUGAUCCUUCAUUCGUCAACGAUCUUCUCGACCCGAGACGAGAAGAGACGAGGAUGGAUUUGACAGCGGGACGACUAUGGAAGGUAGAUGCAUGCAUUGGUCUCGUGGGAGAUCCGUACAUCGGUGGUACCGAGCUUGAAGGGGGCCAUCUAUCGAACGGGUUGUUGAUGGUGGGGCACUUCUUGGCACAGAUCGACGACGACCGCGUCAAGGCAGUUGCAAAGCACCUGCAAGACGCCGUGGAACUGUCUCGGUCGAAAGCGGGAGAUUCGAAAGAAUUCACGACAGUCCUGGGAACGUUCAAGGACUUUUUGGCCAACAUGCAAGUCGACGUGCCGUACGUGAUCCCCGGUGGGUGGGAGGGCAAGUUGACACGCAAUGCGCUGUUGUACAUUGCCGAGAAGUCAAGCGACAAUACAUACUCCCUCACAAUCUGUAACCGCGGGCCAGGCAUCGAGUACCACCCGAGCCACCCUGACCAAUUCAAGGUCAAGGUGCAAGGCAGUGCGACGAUUCAAAGCAUCCCCGCCGCUCGUUUCUUGGACAUGUCGUUUUGGAGCAUGGCAUUCGCGCUGUGGUUGAAAUCUCCUCCAUCCGAGUACCAUCGCGUGGAAACGCUGUACGACGUGUUGCUUCCGUGGCUAGCCGACUCGGUGCUUCCCACGGGCUUUGCCAUCGGCGAGGCUCCCGUCUUCACCACCGCCACGCGCAACAACACUGGAUUUGCCAAGAACGUCGUCGAAGCCGCCAAGUUCCUCAUGCGAAAGCAGGGCCUUCCCCAUGCAACGAUCAAACGCGUCCUGUUCGACCUGCGGUGGGACAUUCUCAAGCAAAUCCAUCAGGAUCUCCUGGUCGUGCAGAACCCGACGCUACCCUUCCACGGCGUGGCCCCCGAGGUCGUCCAAAUCCUCGCAGGUAUCAACCUCAUCGACUCGGUCCACGGCACCCACAACUUGGCUCAGCUCUCGACGGCGUCUGUCGUCGGGCUAUACUUUUCCAGCUCCACAUGCGGCGUCUGCACAACCUUCUCGCCCAAGUUGCACGCCCUCACUCAACACGUGACGAACGCUCGGUUUCCCAUCGUCGUCGUGCCGCUGGACGGCUCCACGGACGAGUUUGCCGCUCAUUUGAACUCUCUGCCUCCGUCGUGGUAUUGUGUUCCCGUCACAGAAGUCGACGCGCGGAAAGCAUUGGUCAAGCUCUUCCAUGUGGCGGCGAUCCCGACGCUGGUUUUGACGGACGCGACGGGCGCCGUCAAGACGCCCUUGGGGGUCCAAGUCGUGCUAGGGGACCCAACAGGAGCGUCGUUCCCGUGGCUGCCGCCGUACGAGCUCCCAAUCGAACGGCUCAGCGACACCGAGGCGACCGUCCUGGACUUCGCCAUCAAGCAAACGGGGCUGGCGGCGCUCAAACAAAACGAUGCGGGGCGACUGGCCACGGACGAGCUCGUGGCGGUGCAAACGCUGCUGCAGUCUGUCGAAAACACCGCCAAACCAUUGCGAGAAAUGCCCCCCCACCGUGUCGCAGACCCGUCGACGCUGACCGAGCAGGUGCCAGUGCUCCCGUUUGAACACUUGGAGCAUUUUCAAACGACCGACGUCGAUGGCUACGCUGGCAACGUGGCCGACGCGACCAUACCUGUGCUCACGAGCAUGCUCGACAUUCCCCACCACGUGUCGACGCUGGCGGAGGCCGCGACGGCCCUGCGACACUGCGAACAGGUGUGCCAAAGCCUCAUGCAUCGAGCAGCCGACGGGUCAUCGUCGUCGCGGGUGGCGCUGCACUACGAGGUCAUCCACGUGAUCACGACGUUGUUUGUCGAGAUUCUGCCCGUGCCGAACCCGUCCGAGGCUGAUUUCUGGCGUGGCGAGAUCACUCAGGCCGCGCAAGUCGACUGCUUGACGCAAAUGCACAAUUUGGUGCUGACGUUUGGUCUGGUGUGGCAAUCCAUCGACCGACCGUCGCGCCACAUGGAUGCCACACGGUCGCUGGCGAGUAUGUGUGCGCUGGCCAUGUACGACGUCCUUCUGCGCAACCUCGCGGUGGACGCGCCGUUGGCCAUGUCAGUGCUGGUCGCGGAAGGGUAUGUGCUGGCGCAUUCAUUUUGCCAGAAUUCGCGGACGUUGGAAGACAUGACGCGGGCCAUGGAGCUGGUCCAGCCGUCGUUUGGCAUCGUGCGGGGCCACGUGUUGGCAUACUUUGCCGGCCGACAAGUGAAGAAUGCCACGCCCGUGUUCGAGUUUCGCAUGCCCGACGAAAAGGUUGAAGUCAAAAAGUACAGCGCCACGAUCACGUUUUUGAGGAAACUCAUGGAAGUGUACGCGUACCCGUUGAUCGACAUGAACGACCAGAACCCGCCAUCCGAAAUGGAGGCGCUGGUGGACUGGCUCACGAGCGACGCCACGCCGCUGGCCCAACAUCACGCCGAGUUUGCACUGACGCGGGACGUUGUGACGAUGGUCAAGUUCCUCGCGACGAUGGAAACCCAGGAAGAUGAGCUCAUGCGACGCCGUACGGGGCUACGACAGUGGCAGAUGUGGUCGCUCACGUUUGACGAAAACACUCGGUUCCGACGCCGGGCGAAUGCAGCAGUGCCCAAGCUCAAGUGGGAGGUGUCGGGGUUCCGGGGCAACGACCAGGACAUUGCAGACAUUGACGUGAGUGGGUUCAACGGUCGCAAGCUGUUUUUUGGCGAAGGUCCGGUGGUGAUCAGCCCCACGGCGCUGCCGGCACUGCUGCACACGUCGGCCGCCGGGAUCACGGAAGAUGACGUUUUACACACCGACACGCUACCCUUGUUUCAAGGCACGCUGUCGUCGGAAGAGUCGGAGUACUUGCUGGGGUACUUGACAGUGCCGUACACGCGCAUCCCGCUGGUGCUCAACUUCUUUGCGUCGCGCGACCGCGUCAUGUACUUGUUCAAUCCGUCGCUGCAGGCGUUGCUGCGCGCAGUGCUGUUUGAAGGAAGCGACUGGGUGUAUCGAGACGCUGCUGCUGCUCCAAGUGAUGACGUCAUCACCCACGUUCCCCUGCGGAAAUCGACGCUGGCGCUGCAGGAAGACGCGCUCGAACAAGCCAUGGACGCCCGCGUGCGCCAUCAAAAGGCCGGCGACCACCUCGGCACGAUGAACGGACUGCUCCUCAACGAACUCACACACAGCCCCGAUGCCACGCUUGGCCCCGUCCUCGUCAUGCUCAGAGCCAUCACCGAAUUGGGCAAUGCGUCCGUGCAUUCAUCCGACGCAAGCUUCCUCCUGUUUAUGAUCCAUCUGGGGGUAGAUGUGAUGCGAUACGUGAGUUAUGCAGCGUUCGAGGGGGCUCCGGAAGGUGUGCGGUCGACGUUGCGCCGCCUUCGCACCGACUUGGCGGGUCAAAUCCAAGGGUUUGGACUAGCGACGCUGGAAAAGUGGCGCGUCGAAGCCGAAGACGCCAACGACCUGCGCACGGCCUGUGUCGUGCACUCGUAUAUUGCGUACAUCCACGUGAACUUGCAUGAGGACGAGUACUCGGUCGAGAACGUGGCCCAGUUGAUGGGAAGUGUGGGGUAUGUGCGCAACUGGCACUGCUUUGGCAUGCGCGUGACGAUCGAUGACGAAGAUGGGAUGCUCUCCAGCGAAGAACGACUGCUGCGGUGGCUACAAGCCCACGGAAUCGACACGAAAAACGUGUCGUUGAGUUCGUUGGAAAAGUACUUGACGGAGCGCCCGCUGUUCCUCAAGGUCGGUAUGGACAUUGUGCAAGCCCCGAAUAUCCUCAAGAAAUCGAGCGACGCGGCGGCGAAAUCGCCCCCGGGGUCUGUGUUGGAGAACGAAAUCUUUGAGUUGCUACAAGCCAAACGGCGGUCUCUUGUCACAUUUCUUGGAAACUUGCCGGCACACGACGUCAACAACGUGCUCAAUACGAUGCUACACAUUGCACUGCGAACGCGUGCGUCGGCCCCGCCUUUGCACACGUGGGAGGUGGAAGCCGCGGGACGGUAUGUGUGUGUGCAAGCGGAAAUGAAGAUCGAUUUCCAAUCGGGGGAGAUUCUGUGGCGAAACGACGAGCUGAAACCGGUGCCCGACUCGAUGGUCCAGUACUCGGACUACCGCCACCAGUUUGGCCAAGAGGCGCUGCAUUGUGGGCUCAUUGCGCGGCAAAGCCACCGGCUGUGGGUGCACAUCAUCGGAACCCCAUUCGAGCUCAUGGAGUGGGACGAACCGACCGAUGACGACCAGGGCGUCGGUACGCCUCAAAAGUACAUUCGCCAACAACCAGCUCCGGAUGUGAAAAUGUACUGGGAGUGCCCUGCAUGUACUUGUGCGAAUUUCAACGGCGACCAGCCACACGCGCGGUGCCAAGUUUGCCAAAGCCCCAAGGAACCGCCGCCUUCCCCGCCGCCGCAGCAAGCUGCCUCCGAUGCCUCUCCCGCCACCAAGGGCUUUGUCGUGCACGACGUUGUAUACAACCGAGUGGUGGAUCCGUAUGCCAAGGAGGACCAUCCGGAAGCGUCAGAGGUGUGGGCAGUGGACUUGGUCCGGAAACUGCUGAAGGCGCUGUUCCCAGAAGAUCACCCGACCAAGAAACUUCCGUGUAUGUUCUUCCUGCCUGAGAUGGUGUUGUCCUCCGACGCCACGACAGUGAAACUGGUCGGGUGGCACGAAAAUAACCCGCCGAAUGCCGAGUUUCAGUCGACGUUUAAAGAGAUCGUCGUGUACCGAUGGUAUGGCAUGGCGCACUUGUUUGCGUGGGUGAGCCACGGCCGCCGCUUGUGUCGGAAGCUCAUCUUCACGUCCAACGCGCGGCUGAGUUUGCACGGAUUUGUGCCGACGGUGGAAGGCCAGGGUCAAGUGGACGCGAGCAUUCAGUUUGCGGCGGGGGACUUUAUGGAGUUGCAACCGGCGGGCGGAUCGCUCGUGAUUGUCCGACGCGGUCACGGAAUGGAAGAAACGUACGUGCCCCCGCGGUUGCUGCAAGGACUCGUCCCCAGCGCCUUUCUCGAAUCGUUCAAGUUUUGGCUCGGCCAAGACAACGUCAUUCGCGGCGAGCCGCUGGAUUUACAUUCGCAGUGGUUCCGAUACCGCCUCGAAGUAGCGCUGGAACCGCAUGCUACGAUUCUGCGAAAGCCCGUCGCCGCAUCAACGACAUACGACCAAACGUCCGCGACCUCACCGGGCAUCCGUCCGCCGCCCGCCCCCGUGGCCGCUGCACUCCUUCCCCCAGUCCCCGUGAACGACGAGGACGUCGUCCACUUGAUGGCCCUCGGGUUUUCGUACGCGGGAUGUGUGCUGGCGUUGCGGGAAUGUCGCAGUGACAUGGAGCACGCGGCGCAGUGGUUGCUCGAUGAAGCCAACCAAGCCAAACUGAUAGCCGCCGAAGAAACCAUCCUGUUGGCCGAUGCCGCGGCGGCCGUGCGUGCGUCGUCCGUCAAGGACAUGAAACCGGUGAGCGACUCGAUGACGGCGGGUGACUGGGUGCUGAUCAACCCGCUGCACGUGCCGUCGCAAGAUAGCACCAUCGCGCGGCUGUGCCAAGUGCUGAGUCGUGUGGAGGAUCUGUCACAUGUGCUCAUUUGGACGACCGGUGUGGAUGCAUACAAGAACCUGGCGGGCAUUGCGUCCAUUGAGCUCCCCCGCUUGAAACUCAAACUCACACCAAUCGUGGGACCUGAGGACGGCGUCGUGAGACUGCACUUGGUGGAUCAGCCCGACUGGUUUGUCUGUCUGGACGUGCCAGCGUCGCUCGCCGCGCUGUCGCUGCCGACGGACUGCCUCGUGUUUGCCACAUCACGGGACGAACUGCGAGUGCUGGUGCCCAACCACGACUUGUACCGGCCGACGGUGGUUGGGGUGCCGUUUUCAACCACGAUUGUGCCGAAUCGAGCGUCCGCGGGGUGGCAACACGUGAUGGAGACGCGGUUCUAUCUGUACCCCGUGCACACGAGCCACCGGUUCCUCACGAGUCCGUCUCUGAGUGCGACGUUUUACUUGAUCUUGCUGCAUCUUAUGGCCCGGCAAUACGCUAGCGCCGCACAGUACAUUCGCAUGUCCCACAUCGACGUGGAGUUUACGGACGAAGAAGCGUGGAUCUUCAACCAAGUGGUGAAAACGCUCGACGACAGACACCCCGACGCCUGUGCGUGUCGAGUACUACUCAAUUUGGCGGUGCAGUACAGCCCCAACAAGUGUCCGUGGCGCAUGGCCGACGAGCUGCACACAGUGUCAAGCAGCGUCGCGCAUGUACAAGCGGCAUGCCGGCUGAGUCUGGAGGAAGAAGGCGAUGCGUUGAGGCGGAGCGAGACGCUGUCGUCGUUGCUACACACUCGACUAGCCAUCUGCCACCAACCGCAGCCGGGGACCGUGGUGACGUUAAAGCCAGCGCGGCUAAGAGUUGGAGGGCAGCCGUGGGUCAAGCUCAAUAUGCUGAGCACGAGAUUCUUGCAAGAACAUGCGACAGGUCUCACCCACGUUCGAUACAAACCCCCGGCCGCCGAGAGUUUGGUGGACGAAGAGUGCCUGAAAUUAGUGUGGGACCACAUGGUCGUGGCGGACGAAGCAAGCGGGGCCAACCGCGGGUUGGGGUGUUUGUUCUUAUACCAAUGUCUUCAAGGCCGAGUGAAGCUCCAGCUGUAUGGGGAAGACCGGACGCGGUCGCUGGCCGAGUUGUUGGGGCGGUUGCUGCACUUAAAGCUGGCGCGAUGGGGCAAGGAAGUGGUGGAAGACGGCGAGGAGGAGGUGGUGGUGCCCGUAGCCAUCACCCAGAUCAGCGCCGUCCUCGCCAGUCCGUACCACGAGUGGCCAGUGCUGCCCCAGGACCCGAGCAGCAAGAUGCAACUGGAGCGCGGCAUCAAUCUGCAUUCGAAAGCGCUCAAGGACUCGAUGCUCAAGCACUUUUUUGACCUGACCAAGGUGGAAAUGGAGACGUUGUUGCACACCACACAAGACAUCCCCCGUCUUCGCCAGCAACUCAGCCAUGCGCACCAAAGUGUGUACGAAACAAACGUGACGGUCGCGGCGUCCCCGUUCGCGCUGCUCGAGGCCCCGACCAACUCGAGUUGCAACUCGCGAGAGAUUUCGUGCGACUUGAAUCCACUGGCGCCAUUGGAUUUCCUCGACGCGGGUCGCUACGUCGUGCACACGCCCCGUGAAACCCAACUGCCGACCACGCUUCCGUUCGACUUGAAGCAGCACCCGUCGGCGCAGAGUGUCGUGGCCAAAGACUUGCUCUCUCGGCUGGCGGAAGACGUCAAGCAUCACGCCGAUGCCACGAAUUCCACGCAGGACGUGUACUUUAACGGGAUUGUCCGCGGGCAGUUCAAUCUGGCGGGGGCUGAGGAACAGCUUGACCAUCUGAUUGCCGACUGUACGACCCAGCGAACCAAAGACAAGGCCCAUCUGGAACAGUGUAUUGCCGAAUUGGAACAGCGCGUCAAUGCCGUGGACGUUGGGAGUGCAUCGUCGGACAAUGCUGCAGUGACACUGGCCAAAAGUCGGUUUUUGCUUGCUCGCCAAGCGCGCCAAAACCAACCGGCCGACCUAAACUACAUUGCCGCCUCCCUGGCAUCGACUAACAUGGCGGCGGAUCUCCAGCAAAGGAAUCCGUUUUUUGACGUGGCGACGUUGCCGGCAGUGCUCAAGUCGGUGCAGGACAUUCUCUUUGGAUGCAACCGCAUCAACCAGCUCAAUCGCUUGAUCCAAUCGGCCGAAACUUUGAAACGACUGACGUCCAACGCCAGCAUACCCCACGAACGCCUCUUGCACGCGUCCCAAGACGUGGCGCACCAGCUGCUUGCCACGCGGCACUACAUCACUCAGCAAUCGCAGUUUGACCCGCGCUUUUUGAUGUUUGAAUACGUGUUUGAGCUCAUGCUGCGGUCACGCCAGGUGGAAAUGGUGGACAGUUUCAUGCGAAGCUUACGUGGCGGGACGUCUCGCGUGCAGCAAAUGAUCAUGGGCGCAGGCAAGACCACCGUUGUGGGCCCGCUGCUCACGUACAUGCUGGCCGACUCGACGGUGCUCAUCACGCACGUCAUGCCCACGGCGUUACUUGAGCAAUCGCGCGCCGUUCUGCGCAGUCGCUUCAGCAACGCCAUUUUGGCCAAGCGCAUUUUCACGCUCAGCUUUGACCGGAGCAUCGACGACAGCCCUGACCUGAUUGUGUCGUUGGCAACCAAAUUGACUCGCGCGUGCCGGCAAGGCGACGUCAUUUGCGCGUCGCCGGAGGCCAUCAAGUCUCUGUUUUUGAAGUUUGUCGAGCUGUUGCACUCGCUGGACCAGUCGACGUUUGACGCGGACUUCGACUUGCACGAUGCGUCCAAGACUGGCCAGCGCAUCCGCAAACUGCUCACUGCACGAUCCGACAUGGCCGACGAACUGCAUCGCAUCUUGCGCUUGUGGCAGCAAGGGAUUCUCAUCAUGGACGAAGUCGACGUGUUGCUGCAUCCGCUGCGCUCCGAGCUGAAUUUCCCCAUUGGCAACAAAUUUCCCAUCGACUUGGCCGCGAAUCGGUGGGAAUUGCCCUUGUUUCUACUCGACACGAUCUUUUCCACCGAGCAUGCCGCGUUGGCCGACGCCCUCGCGUACGGAUACGAGAUUCACGCUUUACAGCGGUUUCCCCAUCUCGUGCUACUCGACCAAGGCUAUUACGACGUGACGCUGCGCCCUCUACUCACGCAACUCUUGUACACUAACUGGCUGCUUCCGCACUUGAAAAUGGGCAAGAACGACCUGUCCAAGCAAGACAUCACGGCGUACAUUGAAAGCGAGUCUCUGCAGUCGUUUCAUAUUGCCGAUCAAGUGAGCGACCAUGGCCUGAAGCUGCUCAACCUGUCGAGAGACUGGAUCCGGUCGUUGUUGCCCCACUGUUUGUCCAAGAUCAAUCGCGUGUCGUACGGACUCCUUCGGCAUCAUCACAUGCAGCACACCCACACGCCGUCGCGGCUGCUGUUGGCCGUGCCGUUUGUCGGCAAGGACGUUCCCAGUCGAUCGUCCGAGUUUGCCCACCCAGACGUUUUGAUUGGGCUCACGAUCUUGGCGUAUCGGUACGAAGGCAUCCGCCGGAGCGACGCCAAGACGAUCGUGUCGCAGCUUAAACACGACUUCUCGAGGCAGUUGGGGCCGCGGGACGAACGGCCUGCGUGCGUCUUGUUUCGGUCGUGGCUUGUCCAAGGGCUAGAGUCCACGGGUUCGGUGCACGGGGUACUGCCACUGCCGCUGUUCCAGCUCAACGAUGCGUCCCAAGUGACGCGGCUGCUCCAGCUCAUCCAGCGGUUGCCGUCGGUCGUGUACUACUACGUCCGUCAACAUGUGUUCCCGUCUUGCAUGAACUUUCAACAGCUCAAAGUGUCUGCGUGCGGCCAUGAAUUGGGCAGCCACAGUUUGUUUGCGCGGCGGGUGGGGUUUUCUGGCACGCCGUCGAAUCUGCUGCCGCUGGACUUGGGCACGUGCCACUACGAGCCGCAGUCGGACGGCAACAUCUUUAGCGUGCUCACGUCUCCAUCUGUGACGACGUUGGAACGAAAAUUGAACUGGACGGCCACGACGCUACUGCGAGACAUUGCUACCAGCGACCCGCCCGUGCACGCGCUCAUCGACACGGGCGCGCUCAUCACGGGGAUGGACAACGAACAGGUGGCGAGGUACCUCCUGAGCCAUUUGCCAGCGACGAUGGAGGGAGUAGUUUAUCUCGACACGAGCGACCGGCAGAUGAUUUUGCUGCGAGACCACGCGGCAGCGCUGCCGUUGAUUCAAUGUGGCCUCAGUCCCGACAAGCGGUUUUCGUUCUACGACCAAGUGCAUACAACUGGCAUGGACAUCAAGCAAGGCAUCAAUGCGCGCGCAGUGCUGACGCUGGGGAAGGACAUGACGUUUCGCGAUUAUGCGCAGGGAGCGUAUCGCAUGCGGGGCAUCGGUGCCGGUCAAACGAUUCACUUGUACCUAAUCCCCGAAGUCGAGAACCGAAUUCGCCAGGAACUGUCGCUGGUGGACGCCAAGUCCUCACUCGACAGCUUUCGACUGCAUGUGCCGGCGUGGCUGCUCGUCAACUCGAUGAAGAUGGAGUCGAUGCAACUGGUGCAGCUGUCGCUCCAGGAACUGCACAACAUUUGGCGCACGCGGGCGUUGGAGGCGCUAUUGGUGGACGUCGACACAAACAAAUCCAAACACUCGUCUGGCCAGCGCCUGCUCCGGUUUCACCAGUCGCUGGCGCUGCGGCCGUGCAUUGAAGCAUUCCGCGUCCAAGUGUCGUACGCUAUCGCAGCCCAAGUGCCCGUACCCCGCGCUAUCACCGACACGAUCCAAGAGCUCACGGCACUCCACGCCACCCUGCUCGAACCGUCAGAUUACGACCGCGUAGCCCAAGUCACCGCCAGAGUCGCGACGUUGAUGGAUAUGUCGAGCGAUAUGCACUUGAACGCCGAAGUGGUCCAUGAAAACGAAGCCGAGGCGGAGGAGGAAGCCGAGGAGGAAGCCGAGCAAGAGGAGCAGAAAAUGAGCGCAUACCCCCGCGACGACGAGCAUCCGGUCCCGUGGUCCACGGACGCCUUGCUGCAAUGUCCUUCGACUGGGGAUGCGUUUUACCCGCUGUCGUUGUUUCAGGCGCAGUCGGCCUGCCGCGCGAUCGCCUUCCCUGGUACAAUGCUCGUGUCGGGCAACUAUUUUCGCCGCCGAUGGAUAGGGCUCGGCGAGCGCCGCCUCAAAAACAUUGGGUUUCUCAUGGAAUGGUAUCCGAAUGCGAUUCAGAAUCACUUGAAGGAGCGCAUCGGGGUGCACUUUGUGACGCUGGUCGCGACGGGCCUGCCGCCCACCGACGCCGCCGCCCAAGCGAUUCAUCUAGCGUCGCAAGAUCCCAUGACAACAUCCGUGGCGACAGAAGGGUACGUCGUGGCACUGUCCCUCGCCGAAGGAGAAACCAUUCGACGUAUGCUGCAUUGUGCACACCCAGUGUUUACCAGCAGUCGCGUGCAGCUGCACAUGUCGGACGGCGCCCUCGUCGAGUCAUCCCACCGCGCGGGUCCGUCCCUUGCCCACCUCCCCGAGGCCCUGCAAUCCUUUCGGUUUUUCAAUAACGAAAUGUACUACACACCCGAGCAAGUGGCGGCGCUCCUGUCGGGACUCACGUCCGUGCCUCUGCAUUGGCGGCACGAUUUCUUCCAAAGCACGCUGCGGCUGCGACGCCGCGAGCGGCAGCUGUGGGGGGACACGCCAUUGGCCAAGGUGUUUACAAAGGAGGACGAGUGGCAUCUGUUGAGUGCGCGUGCCAAGAUGGAGCAAUUUCAACGCGGGAUCAAAGCCAAGAAGAUCAGUUUAGUCACGGCGUGGCACCGCUUCGACGUCAACAACCACGGCCGGCUGUCGUACGACGAGCUGUUGCGGUGUUUUGAGAGCUUUCAGCUUGGGUUCAGCCCAGGCGACUUAAAUGAAAUCAUCGGAUUGAUGGAAGGCCAGCAGGACGGCGUGACCAUCGCCAAGCUUGCGCAUGCGUUCGACGUGGACUUGCUGGUCGAAUCGAUGGUGGACAAGUCGAAUAAACCCGACGAGCACACUCAAGACCCGUGGCUGUGUGUUGUGUGCACCUUCCAGAACGACGGGCUCGUGACCAGCUGUGUCAUGUGCAACGAACCCCGCGACCACACAAAGCAAGUGGCCGAAGUGGCCCAAACGUGGCAGUGUGAAAAUUGCACGUUUAUCAACCCCAUCGCAGAAACCACAUGCGCCGUGUGCGAAAUGGGAGCCAGCGGCCGCCGUGAAGUGCCCAAGGACAAGUGGAUUUGCGACCCCGAGCAAGGCGGGUGCACGUACUUCAACCUCAAGACGGCGUUCUAUUGCGACGUGUGCAACCGCGCUCGUCCAGAUUUGGCCACGCAUCGCUUUUAGGCGACAUAACGAAACUAGCUACUAUCUUUAUAUAGACAAAAAGUUGUCAUACUUGCUGGA